AUGGACUCCGCAUUCCAUGGCCGUCCACCGUCUCGCCGCCGCGUCCUUGGAGACGUCACAAACUGCGUUAACGAGGGUCUAUACAGCCAGCAACGCGAUGAAAAGCAGGUCGAUAGAGACAAACCAGUCUCUGCACCCCAGCAGAUCCCUCAAAAAGAUUCGGUAGUCGCAAAUGCUUCACUUGCAGUUCGCAACGAGCUGGGUUCUCCAGAAAACAAGCGUCUCUCAGCCGUUCAAGCCCGCGAAGGCCGUCCUCCAAACCCCAAGCGUGAUUCGGAAAUUUCCAACACAAGCACUAAUGCUUCCAGCUCAAACCGCCGUCUCAAGACACACAUAGGCCCGUGGCAGCUGGGUAGAACUAUCGGUCGAGGCGGCUGCUCACGCGUACGGCUUGUCAGGCACUCUGGAACUGGUCAAUACGGUGCUGCAAAAAUCAUCUCCAAGGCUACAGCAGAGAAAGUCCGGGCGUUAAGUUUGGCCAAUCUUAUCCAGAGUGCCGAGAAGGACCCAACUCUAUGCCAUGACGGCAAGGUGAUCCCGUUUGGGUUGGAACGUGAGAUUUGUAUCAUGAAGUUGUUGGAUCACCCAAACAUUGUCCGCCUGUUUGAUAUCUGGGAGAACCGUGAUGAGCUCUAUCUCAUCAUGGAGUUUGUAGAAGGCGGCGAGCUUUUCGCCUACAUUCAAGAACAGGGCGGUUUGAUCGAAAUACAUGCUGUCCAUGUUUUCCGCCAGAUCAUCGCAGCUUUGACCUACUGCCAUCGAAUCAACAUUCAUCACCGCGAUCUCAAGCCCGAGAAUAUUUUGUUGGACAGAGACACUAUGACAGUCAAGCUGGUUGACUUCGGCAUGGCUGCCUUACAACCGGUUGGAAAGAAGCUCACCACACCUUGUGGCAGCCCGCAUUAUGCCGCCCCAGAAGUCAUCAGGACUACAUCCUACGAUGGCGCAAAGGCAGAUGUCUGGAGCUGUGGUGUCAUCCUAUUUGUUCUGCUUACCGGUGCACCCCCCUUCAAUUACUCAGGUGAUGACCGCGACAUGAAGCAUCUAUUUCGCGAUAUCGCACAGGCUAAGUAUGUCAUGCCUGACAAUAUCUCUAAAGAAGCUCAGGAUCUCAUCAGGAAGAUCUUGGUGCCCGACCCCAAGCGCCGCAUAUCACUUGAAGAAAUCUGGAAUCAUCCUUUCCUGCGCAAGUACCAACAAGAGCUGAACUUUUUGGGAGACAAUGCUCACCUCGAUAAUUGGACUGGCCCUUCUCCUGUCAUAGCUGAGUGGACGGCACUAGACCGGGCCACUAUUAAUCGCGACAUUCUGAGAUAUCUGCGUACGCUGUGGCAUAGCGAGAAGGAAGAGAACCUGAUUCAAAAGUUGAUCAGUUCAGAACCAAACCAGGAAAAGUUCUUUUACGCUGCUCUUUGCAAGUACCAUGCCGACCAAUUAGAAAAUUAUCAGCCAAGCUCGGAGUAUGCUGUUACUCAUUCAAACAGCGAUCAUCACCAUAAUAUACGUCAUGCACCUACACCCUUGGAUAUUGCAGAGCUUCCAUUGAAGCGUAACAAGCGCUCCCAGUCCGCCUACUCGAUUCUCAAUAACGAGCAUCUUUACUCAAAGCAUAGCCUCUAUGAGACUCCAGCCUCCGAAGCGAGCUACGAUCCUUACCGAGCCUCGAGGCAGCCUAUAAUACCCGGUCCAGAAGAUAUUCCUCUCAGCCAGCAUGUUACUGUACAUCGCGGACGUGGCGGCAGCCGCAGUGAAAAGCCACGUCCCACUACAGCUCUGGGACACCGGAACGGCAGCUCAUUACGCAUUCAGGCUCUGCGAAAUAGAUCUAAACGUAGUCAUGCGACAUCGCGCAGUUCUUCGAGCCGAAGUAGCCUGUCUUACCGCGCCUUUUCUGUCCAGAGGCAUUCGAUGUCACGGUCAUCACUCAUGAGCUCCCAAUGGCCCAGCAGUCCGCCUGUUGUUUCUCGCCCUAGCGGUAUAGGCAAGCGCGGUGUGAGCUUCUCGCAUCUGCGCGAUCGUCGGUUGUCGGCUGCUACUGGUAGUAGUUGGCAGACUGAGAUUGGAUCUUGUACCGGUUACAUGGCUCAUAGACCUCACACCUCUAUUGGAUCGUAUGGAUCAGCCAUGAGGACUAGCACUAUCCGUUCGAACCCCAGAUCAAAGGCUUUUGCUGGUACAGAUACUCCACGUCUCAAGGUGUAUAAGCGGGAAAGCCCAACCAAAUACAUUCAGGGUGAGGUUCGGAAGGUCAGUAUGGAGCUGGGCAAGGUCAUGGAAGAGGCUUUCAAUCGAUCAUCUGUCGGUUCAAGUGUCUACUCAGGCGCAUAUACGUAUAACGAUGCUUCAAAUUAUGACAGCCCUCUGACAUCUUUACCAAACACGCAGAAUCUGGGCGGCAGCAUACUCGCCACUCCCCCAGCUGCUAAAUGGUUGUCCCGAGAGCGACCUCUUCCACCUACACCAGCUGAAACACCAAACACCUUCGUUCAGCGAAAGCUCGCAGAGACCCGUGCGGAAAUCGCCCGAAGGAUUAUGGAGGAUGAGACCACUGAACGUUACCACAACCUCCUUGAGAAUCUCGAUCGCCUGAUGAUGCCUACAGCGAUUGGAGGCAAGCGUAUUGCUUCGGCUCCCACGAAGUCUCCUGAACAUGGACCACUACAUGUGAUCCCAGAAGAGGCGAAGAUUGACAGUGGAGGUGGGCUAGGGAAUCCUGUUGUUCAUCACCGGGUUUUCACUGAUCCUGUUAGAUCUCAGGGUUACCGUGUUGCACCAGACCAGCAGCAGACGAUUCGCAUUGUUAACGGAUCGCCUAAUCGUGUGGCGCCUCUAAACAUCCGUAAGAAAAGUGGGGCAAGCCUUGAUUCAAAGAAAGCUACCAAAGAGGUGACUGUUGAGCCAUUGUCUGUGCUGAAUAGCAACUCUACAGUUCGUCUAUACCAAGACGUGCAGCAUGAUCUGCCUGCAGCAAGACUCAACAAAGAUGUCUCUGUGCCUGCAAAGCAACAUCCUGUGAUCCGGAAAAAGAAGUCAUGGUUUCGGCGAAACAACGAUGAAAAGAACAAGGAUCAUGAUGACGAGGAAAACCAAGUCACGAAGCAACCAAAUGGGCUACUCCAGGUCCCUGAGGCAUGGCACGGCCUUGAUGAUCGCACCAAAAAGAGCCCUGUGCCAUUAGCGAAUGGCGGUCAUCCAAAGCAUAAUCAGAAGCAAUCGGAUGGAAGCAAUGGGAGCGAGUUUCCUAUACGCCAUGACAACUCUAAACCUUCAAAGGGCGAUGGCACAGCUCGCAAAGGUUUCCUUGCAUUGUUCGGAAAGAAGUUUAAGAAUGGCAAAGGAAAUUACCCGAUGGAGCUAGGAGAAAUCAACUUUAGCUCCUCUUCUAUCUCGUCGAACUUCGAUCUGGGGCCCGACCGCAAUAAGGAUGUAGUUCGUAUCGCCCCUCCUGAGAUGCAGAUGAACUGGCUAUCGCGCUUCCUGCAUAUCAAACCUGCUAGCAAAACCUUGUGCCUGCAAGUCGGUCGUGGCAAGGUUCGACAGGACUUGGUUCGUCUGCUGCGCGACUGGCAGCGCUUUGGCAUUCAGGACGUGGCGUUGGAUCGCAAGUCCAAUUCCAUCAGUGCGCGCGUUGAUAGAAAUAACCACUUGAAGAUCAAGCCGGUUUCCUUUGUCAUUGAACUCUUUGUCGUACUCGAACACGGGCGCCGCGCCAAUCUCUGCCUUGCGCGCUUCACCCAGACGCGCGGAGCAGCAUCCAGCUUCCGCAAAGUCGUCGAUAUUAUCGAGGACAUCUGUCGUGCUCGCUCCAUGCUAGUCGAAGACGAACAAAAGAAAGCCACGAUGAUGGAGGUCUUGGAUUAG